AUGAAAGUCACCAUCAAAGAAUGGAACUCCGUCGCCACAUGGCAGUGGGAUAUUCCCGAAGACGACGUUUGCGGCAUCUGUCAGGCUCAUUUCGACGGGACAUGCCCUACCUGCAAGUAUCCUGGCGAUGACUGCAGCUUAUUAUCUGGAAAGUGUGGGCAUAGUUUCCAUAUGCAUUGCAUCAUGGAGUGGAUUAAGCAAGAGUCUGCAAAGGGACAAUGUCCCAUGUGCCGACAGCCUUUUGAGUGGAAAGAUCAGGCUAAUGAGACGCCUGGACCUAAUGAGAUUCCUGUACAAGCAGAUUAA